UGGGGUAAAAGUUAUUGCGGCAGCGGAAAAAAAAACCAGGCCCCCGGCGCACACAAUUUCUCCAACCACAGCCCGAUCUAGCUGAGGCUCGAGACAUCACGAGCCUAUCAAUUGACAGUCGGCGAAUCCAGGGUAGAAUAACCCCAAGCAAACCAAGUACGUCGUUUUCUCGGUCGGGUGCACGCCGGGGAGCUUUUCUGGGACGAGGAGCGGGGCUCACCGACCUGAAAACGAGACCUCUCCCAUCCACCGCCGCCUGUCCCGCAGACGUUCACCCUCCUCCGCAAUCAUGGAUGUCCAGGAGAGAUUGAAGAAGCUGGGCGCGACUGCUCGUAUUGGUGGCAAGGGUACCCCCCGGAGAAAGGUCAAGCGGGCGCCGGCGCGGUCCAGCGGCGAUGACAAGAAGCUUCAGCAGACCCUGAAGAAGCUCAACGUACAGCCCAUCCAGGCCAUAGAGGAAGUUAAUAUGUUCAAGAGUGACGGCAAUGUCAUUCACUUUGCCGCCCCUAAGGUGCACGCCGCCGUACCCGCCAACACCUUCGCCAUUUACGGCAACGGCGAGGACAAGGAGCUUACUGAGCUUGUCCCCGGAAUCCUGAACCAGCUUGGCCCCGAUUCGCUGGCGUCGCUGCGCAAGCUGGCCGAGAGCUACCAGAGCAUGCAGAAGGGCGAGAAGGAGGCUGAUGAUGAUGAUAUCCCGGAUCUUGUGGCGGGCGAGAGCUUCGAGAACAAGGUCGAGUAGAGCCCAGUCGUCAUCCCCCGCCAACUUGUAGCGGCGUGAAACAAGACAUUUGGCCCACGCUCUCUUUUUCGCUGCCUCUCUGCCCUCAUCUGCUGUUUCUUUUUUUCGAUAGUGGCAGGGGGUAGGAAACGAAAUCUAUUCUAUAAGGACCGGCGGCGUCAAUUGGUGUUUCGUGUGGAAUUAGGCUCCUUGCGCCACCUUAACGGCCUGAUAAGGUUUGAGAAGGAGAACGGGUAUGAGCGGGGAGUGAAGGAACAAAAUAUACAAACAACACGAUGGUGAUCACCUCCCAUCAGGAUAUCUAUCACGGAGACAACGUGGAAUCGCCCUACGAGUAACCAGCAACGACAGGCGUUAAUUGU